CAUGGCCCCCGACCCAAGGAGGCGUAAUAGCCAAGCUAUAUCUGCGGAGAUCUCGAUUGUACAUCUGAAGAAUUGCUUGGCUAACCUCCCAUCCUCUUUGUCCUCGUUAUUGGCCAAUAUAAACACGCCAGUGCAAAAUGUUAUUAUAGAAUUGAACUAUCGAGUCCCUCCUCCUCCUGGCAGCGAGACGAAAACGCCAACGACUAGGUCAAUCUUCGUAGGAUGGACGGGGAUGCAAAGCAAGCGCAGACUUGCGCCCAUUGUGAACAGAGAUGGGAUAAGUGGAAUAAGAGGCAACACAUCAGGUCGAGAGCAAGAGGUGCCUCUGAUAGAGAUCGACGCAACUUUCGCACGCACAUUGGGUAUUUCCGACGGCCAGAAAGUUACAGCGAGCCUGCAUGUGGAUCCGCCCAUUGCACACACUGUGCAUAUUGAGCCCUUAACACCCGAAGACUGGGAGAUUAUAGAGCUACAUGCUACGUUUCUCGAGCUUAAUCUGGUCGCUCAAAUUCGCGCAUUGCCCAAUCCGAGCUACGUUCCUUCUGGUGGGUUGACAACGGCGGCGCAUCCUCUAACUCUACACCUAUCGCCGACAUCGACUGCGAAUAUCACCAUUACGUCUCUCGUCCCAGCACCGCCAUCAAGUUCGCCAUUUGCGAAACUGGCACCUGAUGCAGAGGUGAUUGUAGCUCCUAAAUCGAGGUCGAAACCGUCACGCACAUCCGGGGAGGAUCGCAGUGUAACAUCAGGAAAGAGUGUAGGCGGCAGAAGUGGCGCAAGCACAGUGCGGCGGAAGGGUGGUAGCAAAGAAGAAAAACGACCACCUAUGUUCUUCAGAGGACUCGACCGAAGCAUGUGCGAAGAAUUUUUCGAAAUUGGCAAAGAUGUGGAAGAUCAGGGUUUGAAAGCUUGGGUAGACAGAGAUAUCCUCAUGUCAAAAGCCUUAAGGGGGGUUACUUGGGCUUGCAUUACUGUUAUCAAGCCUGCAAGCCUGCAGGCGCCGAUUGAUCCUCAAAAGCAGCAGCAAGAGGCUCAGAACUCUGGAGAGGCUGGCAAAAUUACGUCAACGGUGGUAGCAAAGUUGAUGGCAUGGGAUGACCCGCCCGAUAGUCAUCAUAUUGCAUUAUCAUCAUCGCUAUGUGCAUCGCUUGGUUGUGAAGGUAUUGUUGGAGGCGUAGUAAAGCUGGAACCUGCGCCCCCACAAAUAUCGAAGUUUUCAUCGCAAGCUUCAAAAGAUCAGUCGACGCCAAAAACCGGACCUCCACAAAUCAAGAUCUACCCAUUCGCUUCCAGCUCGGGCAAAGCAAAGGAGGGCCUGAAAUUUGGUGGCGAAUCAAAAACCGAAAGAGAAGAGGCCAGUAGGCGGAUCUUGAAGAUGUACAGCAGCCAAGGGGACGUUCCAGGUCUGUUAGAUGGACCAUUGACUGAUGGCUCAGUUCUUGGAGUUCCAGCAAAAGGUGAACACGUUUCCGGCUGGGAAGGUGGUAUUCUCCGGUUUGAUCAUCCCUCAUCUGAAGGUGGCAAGCAAUCCUGCAGUUGGUUUCUCGGGUCAGAACGAAGAUAUACUGUUGAGGUCCAAGCUGCGAUACCACGACCAUUGUCCAUCACCAAAGGCAAUGCCGUCGGAGAUCCUCUACCUUCAGAGGCCCCCAUACUUGUUGGUGUCGACAACCUGAUUGAGCAAUUGCGAUCUAACCUGUCACAUAUGUCCUCAGUCCUGCUGACCGGAGCGCUUGGUGCAGGGAAAACAUCUGUCGCACACCUUUUGGCUCAUCGGUUACGAUCAGAAUUGCUCUUCCAUACUAUAUAUUUCUCAUGUCGUAAGCUCGUUACAAACGAGACGUCACUUACAACGAUCAAAGAAAGUCUCACUCGGGUAUUCAUGGGUGCUUCUUGGGGUGCCAGGCUCGGUGGAAAAUCGGUUGUGAUCUUGGAUGAUCUUGACAAGCUAUGUCCAGUUGAGACUGAGCUCGAAGUAGGCAUGCAGAAUGGCCGUAGUAGGCAAAUCAGUGAAGGAGUCUGUGCCAUUGUGAGACAAUAUUGCGCUCGAGACAGUGGUGUCGUUCUCCUCGCCACCGCUCAAGCCAAGGAAUCUCUCCAUAAUACUAUUGUUGGGGGUCAUAUUGUUCGCGAAAUUGUGGCGUUGAAAGCACCUAGCAAAGAAGGAAGACGAAGAGUCAUGGAGAUGGUAGUCCGACGCAACGCCAACGACGCCGAAGCCCAUGAACUCAAACGCUCUCAAGACAGUCGUCCCACUACAGCCGAUGGUAACGGCAGCGAAAAUGAUGGGGGUUGGAUGGAUGCAGGCAAAUCCUCCCGUCGCGGGAGCUCAUCAAGCAAAAAUGAUGGCUUUAUCAUAGAUUCUUCUCUCGACUUCCUCGAUCUCGCCGGCGAAACCGAUGGCUACAUGCCAGGUGACCUCGUCCUUCUCGUCGCACGCGCUCGAAGCGAAGCAUUAAUCCGCUCUGUAUCACAAAGCACCAAAUCCACGGACGGUUCCUCCAUCUCCCUCAGCCGUGCAGAUUUCGAUUCGGCAUUGAAAGGCUUCACACCCGCAUCCCUACGAAAUGUAACCCUGCAAACAAGCACAACAACAUUCGACUCUAUAGGAGGGCUGAAAGAAACACGCAAAAUCCUCCUUGAAACUCUGCAGUACCCGACUACCUACGCCCCCAUCUUCGCUCAAUGUCCUCUGCGUCUCCGAUCUGGAUUACUACUAUACGGGUUCCCAGGCUGCGGCAAGACCCUCCUCGCAUCCGCUGUAGCAGGCGAAUGCGGCCUCAACUUCAUCUCCGUCAAAGGACCCGAAAUCCUGAACAAAUACAUCGGUGCUUCGGAGAAAUCGAUCCGCGAUCUCUUCGAACGUGCAGAGGCCGCUCGUCCCUGUAUAUUGUUCUUCGAUGAAUUCGACUCUAUCGCCCCGAAACGUGGGCAUGACAGCACCGGUGUCACGGACCGCGUCGUUAAUCAACUACUCACACAGAUGGAUGGUGCGGAGGGGCUGUCAGGUGUCUAUGUACUCGCGGCUACGAGUAGGCCUGAUUUAAUCGACCCGGCGUUGCUAAGACCAGGAAGACUGGAUAAGAGUUUGAUCUGCGACCUACCAGAUCUGGAGGAUAGGAUCGACAUUCUCCGCGCCUUAGGCAAGAAGCUCAAACUAUCCGACGAAAUCACUUCCGAUUCCGAACAUGGAUUAAGGGAGAUCGCACUCCGGACAGAAGGCUAUUCAGGCGCGGAUUUGCAAGCCGUCGUUUACAACGCGCACCUAGAAGCCAUCCACGACGUGCUCGGCGACCAUAAUCCCCCUGAGCUAGGCGGAAAGAAAAACCAAGCAAAAACCAAUGGCGUCCUUUCUUCAUCAAAAAAGUUCCUCCAAUUCCGCUACGGCGAAGAAGAAGACCGGGAGGAUGCACGCUCGCGCGCCCUGCAGAACAAGAAUAAGUUACUUGCAGAGCGGGCCGCCAUCGCCCUCAAACUCGACGAGAUCAAGCAGGCCAAGAAGCGGGCCAAGCUGCAACAGCGCGGGCUAGCUGACGUGCGGGAAGCCAAGGAUGAGAAGUGGGCGAAGGAGGAGAAAGAGGAGAAGGAGGUGGUGAUCAGUUGGAAACAUCUAGAGCAUAGUCUGCAGACCACGAGGGCGAGUAUCUCGGCGGAGGAGAGACGCAGGUUGCAGGGUAUAUAUCGCGAGUUUGAUGGGCAUCGGAAUGGGGAGAUGCCGUCCGGCGAGGGGGCGAGGGAUGUGGGUGGGAGGACGAGCCUGAUGUAAAAGUCUGGUGUAAAAUGUAUAGGUAGGUAUGUAAGGUAUAUAAGGCAGGUACAUUAUCCUUGCAUGCACUGCGGAGUGUAGGUAGAUGCACAUAUAUACAUACAUGGGAGUAAUUCACACACAAACGGGCUCUAAAGCGAUAAUAAAGUAUCAUUGCACGC